CCUCCUCCUCCUCUGGCUUCAGCUUCCACCUCCAACAUGCCUGACAGGGAGGUGGGUGGAGGUGAAGGUGGAGGUGGAGGGAGGGUUGUGAGGGAGCGCAGGAGAAAUUUGGCAAGUGCCCUUGAAAAGAAAGAGCAGGAGAAGAGAUGGUUCAGUUCUGAGGACGCAGCAGAGGAGCUGAAGACGGAUCAUCAUGAGGAUGGAGUUUUUUUCCAGGAUGAAGGCUGCUGGGGUCAUUACGCUGACGAUGAUGAUGAUCAGCCUUCAUCAGAUUUAUUCUUCUUCUGCUCAGGAGUGUCCAUCCACUCACGAUCUGCUGAACUCGCUGCGGCAGGUGGAGAAGAUGCUGGCGGUCCAUGAGACGUCCUACCAGCAGAGCCUGCGCUCCCUAAAGAAGAAGAUUAGCACCCUGCACAACAGCACCAUGGCCGUCUUUAAAAUAGCAUCCUGCCCCAAACCGGAUCCCCCCGCUCACGGCCGCAGACUGGGCAGGGUGUUUGGCAUCGGACACGAGGUCCACUUCCUGUGCAAGUCCGGCUAUGAGCUGAUUGGUCCUCGGACCCGAGUGUGUCUGGAGUCUCUGAAGUGGAGCGGUCAGCAGCCCAUGUGCAGACACCUCAACAGCACCGCCAACUCCCUCCCCUCCUUCUCUCCCGCUUCUCCCUCCUCCUCCGCCUCCUCUUCGUCAUCAUUUCCUGCUUCUGCUGCUCUGUCAGCAUCCUCUUCAGCAACUUCACUUUCUCACCAGUCACCCACGUCAUCCUCUCCCUCCUCUUCAGUACGACCCUCUCACUGCACACACUUCCUGGGCUCCACCCGCUGCACCUGUGACGUGGGCUUCACCAUAUCAGGCCGUGACAACAACAUCUGCACAGAUAUCGACGAGUGCCAUCUGUUUCCCCUCGGUCAGCCUGGCCUGCUCUGCGUCCAUCAGUGCGUGAACACACCCGGCAGCUUCCACUGCAUCUGUCCGUCCGGGUACGACCUGACCAGAGACGGCCGCAGCUGCACAGACAUUGACGAGUGUGAAAACCGGAUGCACAACUGCACAGCAGACCAGCUGUGUGUGAACACCUACGGAGGUUUCCAGUGCGUGACGGUGGAGUGUCCUCGCUUGAAAAACGCCACGUACAUCAAAACAUCGUCCAUGCGGUGUGAGAGGAACCCGUGCAUGCUGGGAGACAAGCCAUGCACUCAGGCACCAAACUCCAUCUCCUUCCACUUCCUCUCUGUAGUGUCCAACAUGUCCGCCCCGCGCAUCCUCUUCCGGGUGUCUGCCGCUCGCGUGCUGGGCGACACGCUGCGAUUCGGCCUUGCCAGCGGUCGCGGCCGGGGCCACUUUAGUGUGCAGCGCUCGGGCAGACAGACGGGCACCCUCCUCCUGGUGACGCCCAUCAAGGGGCCGGCCACGCUAGAAGCCGAGGUGGAGAUGAGCGAGCUGGAGCACAACACCCUGCUGGGCCGCUACCUCACCAAGGUCACCCUGUUCGUGUCUCCAUACGAGUUUUAGAAAGGAAGCGAUGACGGUUACCCGGGGUUUGUAGAAGGAGAUAAGCUGAACUCUGACUGUACUGAUGAGGACGUUUCAGGGCAGGAUGAAGAGUGGACGUGGAACCACUGAGUGUUUUUGACCUCUUUGUAGGUGACUAACUGUAAUUUUCUAGUUCUUUUCAAAAAUAUGAAUUUUGUAUAUAGAGCAUAACAUAGCCAGAUCCAAGAAGACCUAAUAGUUAGUAUUUAGGAUUUUGAAGUGGGCCUGCUCUGCCUUACAUCAUUUUCUUGACAUAUGUGUAAUAUGUUGUUUUUGAACACAACCAGAUAAGUUUCAGAUAAUGAGGUGAGCACAUGUAGAAGUAAACCUUGUGAGACAAAAGCUCAGGCUUCACAAAGUUGUUUUUUUUCUACUGUUGGAAUGAUGUUACCAAGUAGUAGAUAUUCCUAAUAUGGUCAUCUUAAGUCCCUCCCAUACACUUUUGUUUUUGGGAAGGACAGCCAAUCAGAGACAGUUGCCUUAAUAAGAAACAUGAACUGACAGGAAUAAAUUAAAGUUGUUGUUUGUUUGUUUUUAUAAAGACCUUGACUCUGUUGGGUCCCACCUAGCAUCACAUUCUUCAAUAUUUUAAAUUAUUUUGUAUUGAAAAACAAUCUUUAAAAAAAAAACAAAAAACAUUCUAACUAAUCUAAUGUUUGUUACAUGUUCGUUUUUAAGAGUCUGUUCUCUACCAAAGUCACUUCUGUAGAAAGCUAACACUAACUUGGACUUAGACUGCUAGGAUGCUACGCUACACUGGCACUACUUAGUGCACCAUUCUAAGUAUGGAUGUUAGAGUACAACCUGUACAUUCUCCUUAUUGGUUUAGUUCAUAUUAAAAGGUUUAAUACUGCUUUUUACACACAUGUUUAUACAAAACCUUCCUUCAGUCAUAUAGAGCUACUCUACGGAUGCCAUCAUUAAAAUAUGGAGCUGGAAAUGAGGAAAUUCAGUGACCCUGGACGCAAAACAAAAGUCAGCGAACUGGAGCACAAAUUCAGCCAAACCAGUUAAUUAAAGGUUGCGCAAAUUAUAUGUUUGAGAAAGUCCUUCCAUCACCUCUGAAAAACUACAGGUCAAAGUUCAUGUCACUUUCAAUUUUAAAACACAUGCAGGGAUGUGUCGCCCACAUUUGUUUUUUUAUGUUUACAACUGUGGUUAUUGUUUUCCAGUCCAUUCACUGGAACAAUAAAAACCAUAAACAACGCAUCCAUUCAACCAUCCAUCAUCUUACUUCCACUGAUUCAGGUCAUGAGCCUAACCCAGCUAGUUGAGCUAAAUGAACAUGAAAGGAAGCACAAAGGUUUCUGUAACAUGUUCAAACAACUGAAGCUGAUAUCAUCACUUAUUCAAAAGUUCUGUUUUCUCAAACUCUGUAAGAAAAAUGAGGCAUUUUGUGUUUUAAUAUUUUCUUGUGCUGAGGAUGUUGUGGAUCUCAUGAAAACAGUGACUCUGUUUCCUAACUUUAACCACAUGAUAGCAACCUUGACUUCAGCGAUGACAAACUAAACCUCAAGCUUCACUCGUGUGCAGGAAUCAAACUACUUCUGGGAACCAGCUGUGUGCAGGAGAUAAGAAACUUUUAUCCGCCAUUUGAACAAGUUAAAUGAAUUCCAGGAACAAGUUCAUUAUCUUGUUCUCAAAUCAAAUCAAAUCAAAUCACUUUUAUUGUCACAU